CUCUGUGCAGCGUCAUGUGACACGGGAGGAGUGGCUCCAUAUCAGGAAACAGCAGCGGCUGCAAAAUAGCUCAAGAAAGCUCCCAUCAUGGCCUACCAAGCUGGGAGUCCAGAUGAGCCCAGUGUGUUGGUCAACAACAUCAGCGCGAACAUCCAGAGACUCACUCUACUGACGUCCGAGCUUCAGAGGGCAGUGUCUCUGCUGGGAACCGAGCAGGACAGCAGCCAGCUGCUACACACACUUCAGCAGAAGCAGCAGCAAGGCAACCAGCUGGCUAAAGACACUGACCGACUGAUCAAAGCGUUCAGUGGACUUCCUGUCGGCCCCGACCAGCGGCAGAGAAAGCUGCAGAAAGACCGUCUGCUGAAUGACUUCUCGGCCGCUCUGAACAGCUUCCAGACAACGCAGCGACAAGCAGCCAAUAAGGAGCGGGACUUCGUGGCCCGAGUCAGAGCCAGCUCCAGGGUGUCGGCAGGUCAAAGUGAAGACAGCUUUGAGCAUCAUGUCCCUCCUUUUUCAAGUGACUCUCAAGUGCAGGCCCAGGCUGAGGCCAUCACUGAAGAGGACCUGAUGCUGAUCCAGGAGCGAGAGUCCGCCAUCAGACAGUUGGAGUCCGAUAUCACAGACAUCAAUGACAUCUUCAAGGAUCUGGGGAUGAUGGUCCACGAGCAGGGAGACAUGAUAGACAGUAUAGAAGCUAAUGUGGAGAACGCAGAUGUGAACGUCCAGAACGCCACGCAGCAGCUCGCACGAGCCGCAGACUACCAGCGGCGCUCCCGGAAGAAGAUGUGCAUCCUCAUGAUCGUGCUGGCUGUAGCUUGUGUUGUAAUAGGACUUAUCAUCUGGGGAGCCACCAAAUCAUGAGGGGCUUCCUCCAACCGCUGCGUCUCCUGUUUGGUCACCAACUUGCACAAAUGAUGAAUCACCUCUUUUUUUUUUCCAAAUCCCACAUCAUGAGAGACCAAGGAGACAGUUUGUCUGUUUAUAAUCUGUUGUCAAUAUUACUGGACGCACUGGACAUCCUCCACUGCUGAGUGAAAGCAGCGUGGGUGGAGAUUUUGUAGUCGUCGGCUUUAACGUGGUCUGUCAGAAGGAGGCGCUGGUUGUUAGACAGGGUUAACAGGAGCUUCAGUCGCCGCAGCCGUAACAAUGUUGAGUCACUCCUUUUUUUAAACUGAGCUUUAAUAAUGAACACACAGCACAGACGGAGCUCCCGGGAGCAGUGAGGCCGCUUGUGUUCCAGCUGAAUGUGAAAGUCGCUCCUUCUUCUCCUUCGUUGUGUUUCAGCUGAUUUUUUUCUUCCAUGAUGUCAAAUCUGACAAGUCCUCCGGACUGCAAAGAAACAACAUGCUGCCUUGAUCCAUUGUAAGAUACUUUUGUUUUUAAGAGAAAAUCUGUCAAGUUUUUAAUUAGUAGCAUUUAAUAAAAAAUCAUGAGCUGGUUUCUUUUAUUGUUUGUAAUCUAAUGAUCGAUCAAAGAGUGACGUGUCUCAGUCUUAAAACGUGCUUUCAAGAAAUUAGACUACACUCCAAAAAUUCAGAUAUCUGGAUUAUAAGUUGAUGAAUUGAUGCAAGAAAGAGCUUUUUGUUGUUUUCAAUCAAUCAUGACAUGAAUAAUCUAAUAGAGGAGAUGGUGAAGGAGUUUAGUGUUUCUUUUAUGCUACUGAGGCGUUUUCAUUGAAAAGAUCAGACCGCUGAGAUGGCUGUAUGUUUUCUUUCCGGUUAGACUUUGUCAGAGAUUGAUUGUUUGGCAGAGUCCAUUGGUCCAAUGAGACCCAUCGAUUUGAAAGCUGUGUGUCAAUCACUUGUGUAACAGGACAUAGAUCUUUGUGUGAUAAAGGCGCUCCUUGUGAUAUUAUUAUACCUGCACGAUCACAACUAUGAAGAAUCCAGAAGAGAAACCAAAACUUACUAACAUGAAGCACAGUGAGGUGGAUGAGUAUUGCUCAUUGAAGCAAACACUAAUGCUGCUUUUGCCAUAAUGACGCUUCGACGCAGAUGUAAAAUGAUCACGUGUAUGUUUUUGAUACUGAGAUUUAAUUGUUUGUUAUCCGCUGAAUAAAUUACUGAAACAAGAAAA